CCUUUAUCCCUACUCUAUCAGAGCCCAGGAAGGAGGGAAAGGUAGUUCUUGGAUUUCUCCUAGGCAGGGUUCUUAAAGGGGGUCAUUAUCGCACAAGUAUAGUUCCACCUGUCUAGAGGCAACAGAAGGAGGCAGCUCCUGCUUGGGCCAUGGCCAAGGUCAAAGCAGCUCAGGUCUUCCUAACGUUUGAGGAUGUGGCCAUCACUUUCUCUCAGGAAGAGUGGGAGAUGUUGGCUGCCUGGCAACAGCAGUUGUACCGGGAUGUGAUGAAAGAGAACUAUGAAACCUUGAGUUCUUUGAGUGUUGGCAGGUUGGGAGCCCUGCCAGAGCUAUUCACUACAUUGGGACAGGUCUUUGAAACCUGGGAAGAUCAGCAGAACUUGUUGAGAAGAGAUAAUUUGGAAAGCUCAUACUUGGGUGUUGGGGUCAGGAAGUGUCCUCGGAAAGAAAAUCCUAGGAAACAGCAAUUGAGUGGGGAUUUCCCAGGGGAACAAGGUGAAACAGAUUCUCAGCCCUCCAGCCACAAAAAGUUUCAAGAAGCAAAUCUCCUACCCCCUGGACAGAUGGAUAGUUUGAUGAGUACUGAGCCUGGAGGCAACAAGAGAGAUAAUGGAGUCUUGCAUAGCCUUUCUCCAGGUGAGAGAGCUCUCAUGGAGAAGAUACAGAACCAGGAGUUAGCCUCUGAGAAUGAGCUUUCCCUGAAACCUCACCAUUGUCCUGAAUGUGGAAAGCACUUCAAGAGGCGUCAUGAGCUUAAGGUGCACAAGCGAGUACACACAAAGGAACGGCCUUUCCCCUGCCCAGAAUGUGGGAAGUGCUUCCGGCAGAAGUCAGCCCUGAUGACCCACCAGUGGGUGCACAGCAAGGAACGCCCCUUCCCCUGCCCUGAGUGUGGGCGAUGCUUUGCCCAGAAGCAGUACCUGAGGAAACACCAGUGGGUACAUAGAAACGAGCGCCCCUUCCCCUGCCCAGAGUGUGGGCGCUGCUUUACCCAGAAGCAAUACCUCAAGAAGCACCAGCAUUUGCACAGUGGGGAACGUCCCUUUGCCUGCUCAGAGUGUGGGCGUUGCUUCUCCCAAAAGCAGGACCUCAAGAAACACCAACAUGUGCACAGUGGGGAGCGCCCCUUUCCCUGCCCUGAGUGUGGGCGCCAGUUUGCCCAAAAGCAGGAUCUUAAAAGGCACCAACGUGUGCACAGUGGUGAGCGGCCAUUUCCUUGUUCUGAAUGCGGGCAUCACUUUUCCCAAAAGCAAGACUUGAAGAAGCACCAGCGUGUGCACACUGGUGAGCACCCCUUCCUCUGUCCUCAAUGCGGGCAUCACUUUGCCCAAAAACAGGGCCUGAAGAAGCACCUGCGUGUGCACCAGCGUGUACCAGGUAGUAAACGGCCCUUCCCAUGCCCUGAGUGUGGGCGUCCUUUCACUCGAAUGCAUGACCUAAAGAAGCACCAAAGAAACAUCCACAGCAGUGAACAUUUUUUCGCUUGCCCUGGCUGGGAUCAGCAGUUCAGCAACAUGGCCAAUAAUUCCAUCAGCUUGGAGCUGAUCAAGCUUGGACCACUGGACUGGUGAGCACAGGUCUUCCUUUGAUGCCCUUUCCAAGACUGCCUUCAAGGAGUACUCCAUGCCAUGGAACCCUCCUGUUCCUCUUUACUGAUCCAUAUUUAUCUAUCAUCUGGCCAAAUCUCUAAGAGCUCAUAUAGAUGAUGAGACUGGUAAUAGAUAUUGUCAUACUGGACCAAGUUCAACAAAGGAUGACCAGGACAGUAAGGGAAUUGGUCACCUUACCAUGUAAUAAGAGGAUCAGUCGAAUUAACAUGGGUGUUUAGCCUGAAGAAGAAAAGAUUUAAGGGGACCUAAGAGCUACUGUUAAGUAUUUCAAGUGCUAUUAUGUAGUAGAGAGAUUAGGCUUGCUUGGCUUGGCACCAGAGGACAAAGCUAGGAGCGUCAUUUGUAGAGGAAGCAGAUUGGGUUCAAUGUAAAGCAAGAGCUCCCUAUUAGAGCUUUCCUAAAGUGGAUUAGGCUGUCUCAGGAGAUAAUAUUUAACCCCAUUUAGGGAGGUCUUCAGGCAGAAUCUUGAUUACUUUCACAGGAUGCUAUAGAGGGGAUUCCUUUUUGGGUUGAACCAGGGGUUGUCUCAUCUCACUUUCAAAUUUGAGAUCCUGUGAUUCUGUUUAUUAUUCUAAGGUCUUAUAGACUGA